AUGUCGGACACACAGCUCGUCGUCUCCUCCUCGUCCUCCUCCCCCACGACGUCAUCACCAGUGCAGUUGACCACAUCAGUCUGCACGGUCAACAACAGCUCGAGCGCUUACGCAUCAUGGUCGUGCGCGGCGCCGAGCCCGUCCUCCCGCCACAUCGUCCCCUCGUCGGCUCUGUUUCUUCCACCGACCUCGCUGCUCCCGGGCUAUCUUGUCUAUGCCACGGCGGGCAACAGCUCUGUCUUUAUAGACGCCAUCGUCGUCCCCUCGCCAGCCGAGGGCAUGGCCGAGGCGAUGGUGUUGGCCGCCGCCGAUGCUCACGUUCCGGUCAUUGGUGCGGCGAGCAGCCCCGCCCUCACGCUCGCCGCCCUCCCGGGCGCAGGCAGUGCCGGGCUUGUUGCACUGGUGGCCGGCGACGCUGCCGAAGCUGCUGCGGUUAUCCUCUCGCUACACGACGGUCCGAUGCUUGUCGGUACGACACUCACAACCUCGCCGCACGACGGCAUGCUCAUUAUCUCGGCAUCAGUCCCCCUUGGCACCUCGCUCAGCCUCCCGCAUAGCUUUAACCGCUCGUCCGGGCCCAUCGUGCGUGCCGUUGUCCUCCCAUCGGCCAUCGUCGUCGGCCCGCUUGCCUCGACUGCCGCGGCUGCGCCUGGCGACAGUAUCGUGCUCAUCGCCGCCCACGACUGGACCACCAUCGCCAGUGUCGUCGUCCCGGCAUCGGCCAUCGUCGCACCCAAGCCGCUCUCAGCGUCACUCGUUCUCCUCGCCUCACCGACGCAGCUCUUUCUUCUCUCCGCCGCCGGCGAUCUCACACCACUUAAUCCGGUCAUGCCCGUCCCGAUCGCCGCGCUUGAGAACCUGGCCGUCUUUCCGCCGCUUGAGCCGGAGUUCGCCAGUGCAGUCAUUGUCUACCGUGCGACAGCGUCGUCGUCGUCGCUGCUUUCGACGAUCAUUGCUGUGCAUACUGCCCCGGGCGCAGCGACUGCCACCGUUGUUGGCCGUCCGCGCCGACUGGCGCUGGCGAGCAGCGACGACGGCCCGGUCAGCAUCGCCACACUCGCGCCACAUCUCGCCGUCGUCCGUGUCCGCGAUGCUCUCACUCCCGUCUACAACAGCCACGCCAAGCUUUCGAUCAACGCUACAGAGCCGCUCACAGUGUCCAUCGGUGACCGCAUUGCCGUCUCGCUCGCGCUCUCGUCGUCCGCACCCGGCGUUGAUCCAUCGCUGCUCGAGCUCUGCCUGUCGAGCGCGGUGGCCGGAGCGACGCUCGACAGCAACGGCCCUACGCUCGUCUUCGAGCCAAUCUACACGCCGUCGCCCGGCUCCAACGCCACGUUGGUGCUCGAGUACGGCCCGCCGACUCGGACGACCGAGAUCGUCAUCGGCGUCACACCGCACAUUGUCCCACCGCGCGCGCUUGCGGUGUCGGUCAGCUACACCACCGGGCUGUUGGCGUGGGAGGCGGCCAGGGUGAGCGAGAGCGAGGCGCCAGACGAUCUCGUCUACGACGUCUACGCCAAUUCGAUGCUAGUAGCCGAAGCCGUGGCGCGGCUCAGCAUCGAGCUCUCUGACCUCACGCCGGGCACUGAGUACAUGUUCCAAGUACUCGCGCGAUGGCGCGGGCACAAGUCGGCGCUCUCGGCACCGGUCCUUGCCAUUACACGGCUGCUCUGCCAGCCAGGCACGGCGCCACACGCCAACGCCACCUUUUGUAUCGGCUGUGCCCAGGGAUCGUACGCCGGUGGCGGCCUCGGCUCGUGCAUCGCCUGUCCUCCCGGCCGCGACGCGCCGCCGCUCUCAACCUCGAUCGCCGACUGCGUGUGCGCGCCGGGUCACACCGGACCGGACUGCGCGCCGUGCCCGACAGGCGCCAUCUGCCCCGGCGGAACAGCGAGCCUCCUCGCUGCGCCGGGCUACAUGGCGGUGGGAUCAGGGCCAAGCCGCACCUUUGUCCGCUGCAGGGUCACCGCCGCCUGCCCCGGGCUCAACGCCAGCGCGUCGUGCGGGAUCGGGUACAGCGGGCGGCUGUGUGGAGCAUGCGCGCCUGGCUAUCGGUGGUUCCAGGGCGUGUGCACCCCGUGCGCCGCGCACAACGGGUGGGCUGCGGCGGUGGUCAUUGGUGCCGUCAUCGUCGCCUCCACUGUGCUGUACUUCUCCACCCGGAUUGUCCCACAGUUUGCGGUCGCCAUCGACAUCACUGUGGGUGCGCUCCAGCUUCUGGCACUCUACGGCUCGACGGUAGUGCCCACCAGCGACGCUGAUCUUCGCGCUUUCUCGCUCCUCGCCAUCUUUCGCCUCGAGCUCUCGGUCGUCGACGCCGAGUGUGGCCUGGGCAUCUCUGGCGACUCGGCGUACUUUGCCAACUGGCUCAUCGCCAUCUCAUCGCCGCUCUGGAUCGCCCUCGCCACCGCUCUCGCCGCUGCCCUCGGCAUCGCCUGGAUCAAGAUCUGGAUCCCCACCGUUGGCACCCGCCUCGCCGCCACUCAUCCCAUCUGGGCUGCGUCGACCAUCCUCGGUCGGACCCUCACCCAGGCUUCCAUCGCGCCGAUCGAUCUCAUCCGGGCCUCGCUCCGGGUCUGGUACAGUCUCCUGGAGUUCUCCUUCCUCCCGGUUGCUGUCCGUCUCCUCGAGUUCACCAUCUGCUCCUCAGCCGUGCCUGGCUCACCCGAUCGGUCGGUCCUUGGCCACCCAGGCGCGCUCUGCUACACGCCCGAGUGGUGGUCGUACUUCCCGGUCGUGCUCAUUGUCGGCAUAGCAGUGGUCAUCGGGCUCCCAGCCACGGCCGCCAUGGCCCUCGCGCGUCCGGCGACAUGGCCGGCGCUCCACAUGCAGAUUGUCCACCGGCACGUCCCGCCGCACUCGUGGUAUGUUCUCGUCUUUUACGCCAGCCACAUUGGCCACGCUGCGCUCCACGCCACGCUCCACACCGGAAUCAGCCUCGCCGCCGCCCUCCUCCUCAUUGGCGCGGCAUCGCCUCUACGCGCGACUGUUAUCGUCGCUCUCGUCAUCGUCUUGCUCCUCGCCUCGGUCGUCGCCUCGGUCAUCGAGGGCGCGCGCCUCUGGCUCAAACACUCGACGGCCGCCUCGGCCCUCCUCGCCCGCUACAACGGCGGCGACGGAUCGGCCGCCGAGCUCGACAGCCUUGUCUCCUGGAGCAGCGAUGAGAGCGAUGACGAGGGUGACGACGAGCACGAUACUGCACCAGUGGCCACAUCGCCACCUUUGGCUCAGACGCUGAAAAUGUCCCGCGCCGCGACAUCGGCCGGUGGCACUGGGCCCACGCUCCUCGCCACGCUCUUCGCCCGGCGAUCGGCGUCAACUUUGGCGGUGGUGACGACGAUUGAGCUGAGCGACGGCUUUGCCAGCGACCUUUACACCACCACCGGUAUCCCGCCGCACGUGGCCACCGUCUUUGCCCGCGAGUUUGCCUUUGCGCUCUUCCCAGCCGCCGCCGAUCUUGCCGAAGGAGACAUCCUGCCCAUCCUGUCUUCGGCCGUCGUCGGGCCCUCCGCUUUCGCCGUCGCCAUGGGCCAAUCGUCGCUUCUUUAUGCGUUUCUGGCCGAUCUGAGCGGCGCCGCGGACGAAGCCGAGGGCAUCCCACUGGUGGCUUUUGCCUUUUCGCCGGGGCGUGGUCGCUGCGGUGCCCGCGGGCGCUGCGAUCGGCCUUUGGCUGAGACAAAGGCGCGGGCGGACGGGGCGCGGGAGAUCAUGGAUAUGACGCCGAUCGGCUCGCGACAUGCGCGGUUCUCGCCGACCACCAAUCGGCGAGCGCUGGUGAAGCGGACGCUACGGGCGUUCUUGGUGCGGGCUGAGAGCGAAGGUGAGCUGACGUGGAAGGCAUACGCCAGGUUUGUGAGCCGAUGGACGGCGGAGAGCCAGACAAGGAUGGGCCUGGUGCUAGGGAGCGGCCACGGUCGGUGGGCGGCCUGGCGCAAGGUCUUUCGCCUACAAACGCCGGCAUCGGUGGCGGUUCACUUCUCCGAUGAUGAUCCGCUGAUUGUGGCAGUGACGGCGGCGGCGACGGCGGUUGGCUACACCAAGAGCGCCGAGCUCCGGGCGCUGAGCGCGACGCUCUGGCACGUCCACGCGCUCGGCUCCGUCGGCGAUGUGCGCCAGCUCCCGCAGCAUCUGUGGGAGCAGCUGCCGACCAUCGUACCCAUCCCGAUGGCGCUGAUGGCGCGGAUGGAGGCGCUCGACGUGGCGCCGCGGAUGUCGUCGGCCACGGCCUCGCUCCCGAUGGUGGCGGCGGGUGUGGUCUGGGCCUACACCGCGUACCAACGGCUGGCGACGCAGCCGGCGUCUGUCCUCUGGGCGGCGGUGGUGGCCAUCACGAUGCUCUUUGAGAUCAACCACUCGGUCGUGGCUGGCCUCACCGACCCGGCGCAUGGCCUGCUCGGUGGCUGGCUGGUGGUCUCCAAGGCGUGUGGCGGGGCGAUCCGUGCGCUCCUCCUCUUUGUCUUCCUCCCGCUCCUCGACGCGCCACUCACUGUCAUGGCCAACCUCCUCAGCCGGAUCUAUCCGCGCGGCACCCUCCUCCGCGGACUCAUCCCCUCGCGCCGGCACCUGACUGUCUUCCAUCGGCUGGCCGGGAGCGCCAUCGUACUUCUCGGGCUUGUCCACGGCGUGGCGCACCUGGUGAGCGCAACGCGCGUGGGCGCAGCGACGGCGGCAGAGCGUGAGUCGGCGUUCCCGGCAAGGUCGCGAUUGGCGACGUAUCGGACAGCUGACUCGGCCAUUGAGGUGAUUCUGGCCACGUGGCUUGGCUUCUCGGGCCUUCUCCUCCUCAUGCUCUUCUCCACAGUGGCGCUCUUCUCUAUCCCGCUCGUCCGCAAGGUUUGGUUUGAGCUCUUCUACGGCGUUCACCACCUGGUCUUCCUCGCUACGGCCAUCGCCGCUGUACACCCGACAACGUCCCGGACGGCCUGGUUUGCGGGCCUUGGCCUCGGCGCAUACAUUGUCCACCGGAUGAUCUCAGUCGCGUCCUCGCUUAAAGCGCACGCCAUCUCUGGCGCGGCGCUUACUGCUGGCCGGGUGGUUGCCAUCAAGUUCCGCGCCACGCCCGCCAUGCACAAGCACCUCGCACCGGGCACUUUUGUCUGGAUCAACCUGCCGUGGCUGGCGCGGCGCGAGUGGCAUCCGUUCUCCAUCGCGUCGUCGCCGCUGGCGGACGACAUCACGCUGUACGUUAAGGCCGUCGGCGGCGCAUCAUCGUGGACGUGCAGAGUAGUGGAGGCGGUGGCUGAGGAUGCAAACCGUGUGAUUGGGCGUUCGAUCCGGGUUGCCGGGCCGUUCCGAACUGACUCGCGCAACGUGGCCGCGUUUUCACACGCAAUCCUCAUCGCGUCGGGCAUCGGGGUGACGCCGUACGCGUCGAUUGUCUCAGACCUCAUCCACAGGGCUCAGCGUGGAGAGCUAGCGCGCGAGCAGACGAUCUCGUUCUGGUGGGUGACCCGCUCGCUUGACGACUAUGAGUGGCUGCUUGAGCUGCUUGCUGAGCUGGCGAGCCAGGCCAAUGCCGCGCUUUCGCCGUCGCCACAUCGGCUCGUCACCGACAUCCGGAUCUUUGUCUCAGGCGCGUCGCCGCCGUCGUCAGACGAUAUUCCGACGAGCCUCGCGGCGCACGCGGUCAUUGCCGCCGGGCGUCCUCAGUUUCCCUACAUGCUCGGCUACGCUGCAGCACAUCACACGGCCACCACGCCGCUGGGCGUGUUCUACUGCGGCAUCGCGUCGCUCGCGGACGAUGUCCGGGCGGCGGCGCGGGCGCUGCCGCACACCGAGUACCACGAGGAGAGCUUUGCGCCGUAG